AUGGAACGCAACUAUGGUGAUGGAGAGACCAUGGUGCAGUAUCUCCAGAGGGUGGAUGAGUAUGUCAGGGCCUUGGAGGAGUUGAACUACAAAGUAGAUGAGAAGGAGAUCAUCUACACCGCACUCCAGGGGCUGGACCAAGAGGCGAACGAGGCCCUACUGCACGCUGCUUCCAAGAAGUACCAGCAGCGGCAAGGAGGUGGGGGGAAGAAGAAGGAGCUCGACAAGUGCCUCGUCCCUGGAUGCAACCGGAAGCACUCUUGGAAGGAGUGUUGGAGCCGACCAAAUGGGUGGAAGCCUCAAGGGUACCCAGGAGAGGCUCCACCUGUCACUAGGCCUGAGUGGGUGGAGAGGAGGAUAAAGAAUGGAGCAUGGAACAAGAAGGGCAACAAAGAGAAAGCGGCAGCAGCGGCGGCAAACGAGGAUAAGAAGGGAAAGGAGGACUCAUCGGAUGAUGGUUUCUCCUUCUUAUCCUUGGAGAAGGAGACGGCGCUUGCUGGUCGUGUGUUGGCUGACCCCAACCAGCUCAUUCUAGACUCUGGGGCAACCUGUGGAAUGGUACCUCGGCGCGACCUCUUCACCACCUAUCACUCCCUCCCACCUAACUCCAGAAAUGUGAUUGUGGGGAGUGGAGAUACGCUGCAAGCAAUCGGCAUCGGCACCAUCACCGUCAAGGGGAAGGAGGGGGAGGUGCUGAAUUUGAAGGGUGUGCUUCAUGUUCCUAGAUUGGCAGCCAACCUUCUCUCUUGCUCUCAGCUUGCGAAGCAAGAAUACAUAUGCACCUUCACCAUGGGAGGGUGCACGGUUCGCAAGGGUGGAGCUGUGGUGAUGGAGGCCAAGUUAGAGAAGGGUUUAUACCUUGUUCCAGUGUGUGUGCCUCACGUGGAGAAGGCACAUGGGGUUGAAGCCAAGGAUGCUGCUUGCAGCACCCGUUGGAGGGACGUAGAGCAGGUGACGGCAGAUUUGCUGCACCUACGCAUGGGGCAUGCGGGAAGGCAGCAACUUGUGGAGUGUGUGAAGAAGGGGGAGCUGAAGGGAGUGGAGAUCAAGGAGGGUGGUGGGCAGCCAAGCAAGUGCCCUGAUUGCACGACCGGGAAGCUGCCAAGGACCUCCUUCCCUACCUCCACCACUAGAGCCUUCGCACCUCUUGAGUUGGUGCACACGGAUGUGUGUGGCCCCAUGCAAACACCAGAAAGGGAGAAGGGCAGCAAAUACUUCAUCACCUUCUUGGAUGACUUCAGCCGCCUAAGUUGGGUUACCUUGGUGAAAACCAAGGAUGAGGUGGCCAAGGUCUUCAAGCGUUGGAUACGCUAUGCGGAGAGGGAAGCCGGGGCCAAGGUGAAAAUACUUAGGUCUGAUCGGGGUGGGGAGUACAUGGGGAAGGAUCUGGAGUCUUUCCUUGAAGACAAGGGCAUCACCCACCAGCUUUCAGUUGCCUACACGCCACAGCAAAAUGGGGCAGCAGAGAGGCUGAACCGGACCCUCAUUGACCUUGCCCGAGCCAUGCUUGCUCAUGCGCAGCUGGACCAUACUUGGUGGGGGGCAGCAGUGCAAUAUGCCAACUGGGUUAAGAACCGGAUGGGCAGCAAGGGGCUAGAGGGCAAGAGCCCAUACUUCAUGUGGACCAGGAAGGUGCCUAGUGUGUCGAUGGCCCGAGUGUGGGGUUGCAUGGCGCAGUACAAAGUGCCCGACCAGCAACGGAGGAAGCUGGAUUCUAAGGCACAAUGGGGAAUUUUCCUUGGGGUGUCGGAGAGGAGCAAAGCUUGGAUGUUGUGGAGUGUGGCGGAUCAGCGGGUGGUGGAAAGCCGGGAUGUGGUUUUUCACGAGGGGCUGAGCUACAAGGGGUGGAAGGAGCGUGGUGCUAGUACAGUUGGGAGCUCCCUCCAGGAUCCCUACACCUCUUCCAUCUUUGAGGGGGCAUGGGAGGACCCUGGAGAGGAGUUACAGGAGCAGCAAGAGGAAAAAAAAGCAGCUGCACCUCACCAUGAGGAGUCACCAACUGCUGCAACUACUGCAGCAGCAGCUGCCCAAGUCACCACGGUCCCCCAUGAAGAGAGUGACUUGGAGGGAGAAGCUGCAAAGUUUGGAGCAGGGGGAGGCAUCACCUCUGCGCCGCACCACACGCAUCUCCCGGCCACCUGA